GUGUUGAAUGCAUGCUUUUGCUUUUAUACUGUACCACGCGUGAGAGUGAAAUCUAGGAACAGAAAAACAAAAUUUUAAAUUAAUUCACGAGAUAAAAAAUAAAGAACUUGAAAUAAAAUCAUUUCUUACGUGUGUCUUAAUCAAUCAGUUAUCCAUUAAUGCAUACAAUGACUUCAAAAAAAGCCGAACGCUUUGAGAAGAAGAAGAAAAAACUUGCAGCACUCGCUAGCUUGGUAAAACUGAACGACAAAGACCGUGAAUCCGAAUCCAGUGCUGCUGCCAAGGCUUCAAAUUCUGACAGUGAUAGUUCAGAUGAAAAAAAUAAGGUAAAGAAAUCGAAAUUGAUUACUGUCAACCAUGAUGAAGAACCCACUGCCAAGAAACCUAAACUCACCGAAGAUGAUUCACAGAGUCAGGACUCUGGCACAGGAGAUGAUAAUGCAGAGGCAAAGAAACUCAAUCUUACACAAGAGCAAUAUGUCAAACUCAAAAAAGAACUCAAGGAACGCAAGCGCGAACUUGAGAACCUUUCAAAACUGCACCUGAGACCAGCUGGCUACAGUGCAAGCCUUGAAGUUGAUCAAGAGCAACGAACACCAGUGUUCUUGACAGAUGUUCAACAUCUCCUCAUGUCCGCUCUGAUAGGAAAAAAGUCACCAUGCCACCCAGAUCGGUGGUGCUAUCUAGAAAAGCCCUUAAAGUUGUCUCACACUCUGGUGGUUGUCCUCGACGGGGUGUCACUAUAUCAUUAUCUUUCCAACGAAGAAAAAUUCACCGAAACCAAGAAGAUCUUCGAAACAAAACUCGAAGUUGUCCUUCCAGUGAGAGGAGAUAAAAACAUAAUCGCAGAUUUGGUAACAGCCCCUCUGACUAACGUUCAAGCCGAUGAGCUCAUAGCUAAGUAUGGAUCACUUGAAACAGCCAUUGAGAUGAACAAAGAUCCAACACUACUUGUGAAAUCGAUCUUUCCCUGCGAUUCGUCGGAAGGCGGAGAAAAAGUGAAAACAGGGGAAACUAAAAUAGAAGACAAAUUUCCAAGGACCAAAUUGCUACUAUCCGCCCUGCAGAUGGUCGACGAAGGUUACCCAAUGCCACUGCGUGGAGAACUCGCCAGUCGUUUCAAGAAUUACGUAUUCACAAAAGACCAAUACGCCCCAGUGACUCCCAACAGUCCUAUGUUUGGUGUCGAUUGUGAGAUGUGUCAGACAACAUCCGGAAGGAAUGAACUCACACGUAUCUCGAUUGUAAACGAGAAGUUCGAAACGGUCUACGAAACUCUGGUAAUGCCAACCAAUAAAAUCGUAGACUACCUCACAAAAUAUUCGGGAAUAACCCCCGAACUGAUGGCUAAAGUCACUAAAAAGCUGCAUGAAGUCCAACAAGAGGUGCGAGAUUUACUUCCUGCUGACGCGAUUCUUGUCGGUCAGUCACUGAAUUCAGAUUUGCACGCCAUGAAAAUGAUGCAUCCCUACGUCAUCGAUACGAGUGUGAUUUUCAAUAUCACAGGCAUGCGAAAACGUAAGUCAAAGUUGCAAACUCUGGCCAUUACGUUCCUGGAUCAGGUUAUUCAGGGACACGAAGGUGGACACGAUUCGGUUGAAGACAGUUUGGCGAGUAUCCGCUUGGUGCAGCUGAAACUCAGAAAUAGCAUAGAUUUUGGUGAUGAGAUUUUGUUACAACGGAGGCGAGUGAACGAGAUCGUUCGCAUGGCUGUGGGUGAUUCAAUACAGAACAAUCUCUUUGGUCAGGCUUCACAACGCGAUAAGCGAACGGCCAUCAUUACCACCGGAAGUAUGAAUCCCAAAGUUAAGGAAAUCUGCGAGAAGGCCACGGGAGGCGAUAAACUCAAAUCGAUUGUAUGUCUUGAAGCAGAGACGAACAAACAAUCGGUGAAGAAAACUCGUGAGAUUGCAUUGGAACACGCUCUGACCAUCAGCAAUCUUAGUGUGGAAGCAGACAAAUUCAAACUCGAUAAAAUUGACAAAACGGUGGAAAAAUUAGACAAAUGGAUUUUAAAGCUUUGGAAGACAGUUGCCCACAAUGGACUGUUUCUGGUGUUGUUUGGUGGAUCUGAUGAUUCUCCCAGUGGAUUAUUGCAAAUUGCAAUUAAGAAGAAUGAAGCAGAUGUGGCUACGACAAUGCCAAUAAAAACUGUAUGAUAGGAAGUAAAGUUUUUAAAAUAAAUUUAUAAGAAGUUAAAAAUA